AUGCCGAGCCGCCUUCAGGACACAACAGAGAAAGGCCUGGGUGGCAUGCCGUACCGGCCGCCAUCUGCUCAUGCCAGGCCAAGCGAGUCCUCUUGUUGGCCGGGGACAGAGACGUUGCUCAGACAAGAGUGGAUUUUUGGAGAAGAGCCUGGCUUUGAAAAGGCAACUUCAGAGAGCAUAAAGGCACACCAUGAACACACCAAGGAUAAUUUUGGGGUGAGGAAACAGAGUUUUAAAAAUCAAACACGAGCGUUUGUGUGCGCCAACAAGUUGUCCUCGCCUCCUGUCCUUGGGGGUGGCCGGGAGCACAGCAAGGACCUGCCCCUCCACCCCAGCUUGGGCACUUUUUCCCAGGCAGCUGCAGCUCCCCCUCCCACAGGGGACCAGUGCAAACCUUCUGGCACUGCACACCCUGCCCCCGAGGUCUCCUGCGGGCCUGCAUCCUCCAGUAUGCCUAUGGCCAAAGCCCAUCCAAAGCGAGGCCACAAGCCAGGCACUGGCCUCGUCCUGGGCUCCGAACAUGAGACCCGCCUGGUGGCAAAGCUGUUUGAAGAUUACAACAGUGUGGUUCGGCCAGUGGAAGACCACCGCCAGGCUGUGGAGGUCACUGUGGGUCUGCAGCUGAUACAACUCAUCAAUGUGGAUGAAGUAAAUCAGAUUGUGACAACCAAUGUGCGACUGAAACAGCAAUGGGUAGAUUAUAACCUAAAAUGGAAUCCAGAAGACUAUGGUGGCGUGAAAAAAAUUCACAUUCCUUCGGAAAAGAUCUGGCGCCCAGACCUCGUUCUCUAUAACAAUGCAGAUGGUGACUUUGCCAUUGUCAAGUUCACCAAAGUGCUCCUGGACUACACUGGCCACAUCACAUGGACGCCUCCAGCCAUCUUCAAAAGCUACUGUGAGAUCAUCGUCACCCACUUUCCCUUUGAUGAACAGAACUGCAGCAUGAAGCUGGGUACCUGGACCUAUGACGGCUCUGUGGUGGCCAUUAACCCGGAAAGCGACCAACCAGACCUAAGCAACUUCAUGGAAAGUGGAGAGUGGGUGAUCAAGGAGUCCCGGGGCUGGAAGCACUGGGUGUCCUACGCCUGCUGCCCCUCCACCCCCUACCUGGACAUCACCUACCACUUCGUCAUGCAGCGCCUGCCCCUCUACUUCAUCGUCAACGUCAUCAUCCCCUGCCUGCUCUUCUCCUUCCUAACUGGCCUGGUGUUCUACUUGCCCACAGACUCAGGAGAGAAGAUGACCCUGAGCAUCUCUGUCCUGCUGUCCUUGACCGUGUUCCUCCUGGUCAUUGUGGAGUUAAUCCCUUCCACCUCUAGUGCCGUGCCCUUGAUUGGGAAAUACAUGCUGUUCACCAUGGUGUUUGUCAUUGCGUCCAUCAUCAUCACAGUCAUCGUCAUCAACACACACCACCGCUCCCCCAGCACCCAUGUCAUGCCUGACUGGGUACGCAAGGUUUUUAUCGAUACUAUCCCAAAUAUCAUGUUCUUCUCCACAAUGAAAAGACCAUCCAGAGAAAAACAAGACAAAAAGAUUUUUACAGAAGACAUCGAUAUCUCUGACAUUUCUGGGAAGCCGGGGCCUCCACCCAUGGGCUUCCACUCUCCCCUGAUCAAACACCCCGAGGUAAAAAGCGCCAUUGAAGGAGUCAAAUACAUCGCAGAGACCAUGAAGUCAGACCAGGAGUCCAAUAACGCGGCUGAGGAGUGGAAGUAUGUUGCAAUGGUGAUGGACCACAUUCUCCUUGGAGUCUUCAUGCUUGUCUGUAUCAUUGGAACCCUAGCUGUGUUUGCAGGUCGGCUCAUUGAACUAAAUCAGCAGGGAUGAGUGGAGCUGAGCCUACCUCUGCCCCCAGCACCAGGCGGAGUAGGGAAAGGCAGGGAAGAUAGGAAGAUGGGUCUACUUUGAUACAGCUCACUUAUCAAACAUUUGAUUUUCUGUAUUUACAAUUAAUGAUAAUGAUUUAUAUUUGCAUAAGCUUA